UUGAUCUGUAAGUUGGCAGUUUUCUUGGAAUUUUUGCUGCAAGAAGAUCGAGUGACAGUUGGGCGGCGCACCCCCCGCCUUACGUCAGCACCCAGGCUUCCACCCAACCCCUGCCGGAGAUUCUCCAAACAGCUCAAGCUCCAUCAUUUCGACAAGACUCCAACCAAUCAAGCCGACUCUGAAAACUACCACCGACAAUCGCACAUCCAACUUACGAACGAAAUGCCUUCAGCAACUGGGGCUAGCACUUCUUCUACCUCCGGUUCGGCCUACAGACCGAUGUCGUACACUCAUCUUGCCUGGUCAAUCGGUCAUAUCGUCGUCCUACUCUCGACUAUCUGGAACACCCUCGGUAUCCUCUUCCUCCAGUCACGCCCUAAAGCAUAUUCUCUAGCCUACGGUGGCGCAAUACUCUCAUGGUCUAUUGUCGUCUACAAGUCUCUGGGUACACCAUCACUCUCAAAAGCUUAUCUCCAACGAGCAGCAAUGGACGAAAAUGUACAAUAUUUGGUCGUGGCGCUUUAUUGGUUCUUCUCAAAACCAAUCUUUGUGACACUUUUACCCUUUGCUAUCUUCAGUACCUUUCACAGCCUCUCCUUCAUUCGGACUUCAUUCUUGCCCAAGGUGCCGUCCAAGAAAGACGCCGCUGGUGCCGAACAAUCGCAACAAAUAGGAGUCGUCCUCAGUCGAGGUAUCCAAAGCUGGGUCAAACAGAAUUAUGAAUCAGCUAUGUACUGUGUAGCAUUCAUUGAGGUGUUGGUGAUCCAGGGGAGAGUGACGCUAGGAGCGCUCACAUUUCAAAACAGCUUCCUACACCCACUGUUUUUCGCUCACUUCCUCCGAUUGAGAUAUUAUCUAUCACCCCAGACGAGAUCAGCAGUUUCCGCCGUCAAUCGGCACAUUGACCAUUAUCUUGAUCAUCCAAGCUGUCCUGCCAUGGUCAAGAAAGGCACCAACUUCGCUCGGAGUCUCAUCACACAAUACGCCGACUCAAUUAUCUCAACCUCAGCUGCCCAUCCACCUGGACGGACAGCACCUCAAACCCCUAAUUCAGUCAACAAUAGGACUCCCAACUCUGGAUAAAAGAUCUGGCUUGCCAUCACCAUCACCAUCCCACAAUACAAAGAAAAACAAAAACAAAAGGGGUGCUAAGAAAAGUGGAAGUAUUGUUUGAGGUGAAUGAAAAUUCAAUUAAAAGAAUGAAACAAGAUUCUUUCAUUUGUUAAAUAUAUAUACAUCUCUUCUAAGAUUCCCCACUAUCUUAUCGGUAUCAAGAAACAACCUCAUUGGACCCUUUCCUUUGUGAUUCUAGUUUGAAUUUUUGAGUGGUGAUCAUAAUUUUCUCAUCGUACCACUACCCUCCCCCCCGUGUGUUUCACCUCUUUCUGUGGAUUGGGAGAAACUUUGAAGUUACUUCAGUCAAUACAUAUGAAUAAAAAU